CCACACCGCAGAGUCCUCCGAGGGAUGAGCUCGGGAUGAGGGAUCAUGGGGGGUGUGGGAGAUUGUGUCAGACGCCGCGAGACGGGCAGAGGGCGGGCUCUGGGGGUCAGCUAGAUGCCUCCGGGGAAGGGAAAUCUGGAAAAUUGUCAGAAGCCUGGCCGUUGUCCACACCCCCCCUGUCCGUAUGAAUCAUGGAUCUAGUGUUGUCUGGAGACCCUGACUGCUCCCUGCCUAAUCCACAAGGCCUCAUCUCGAUCCCACCGGCUCGGUCCCCUUCCAUGACUUCAUAUAUUGACCAUGAAUAUUCUCGUGUUUGAACCUAAUACUGGUUUCUACCCGCUAUCAACCCUAUAAUAGCAGCAUACCAAACAGUCGGGCACGUCUAGUCCAGCUCCUAUAGCUUGUUCUAGCCUACUACGACUUACACGCGCAUACGAACGACAAGCCGCAUAGAAGCAGGCUUCUACCAUUACAACGAAACCGACGACACUAUCGAUCGAAUUUGUGGAGAAAGAGAACGACCAAAAUGUACAGUCCAUACGGUUCAUACAGCUCUAUGAGCUCGAAUGCUCAGCCCCUAGACAUCGCACCGAGCAGCUACCUCUCUCGCGAUGCUUCAUAUCACGCUAGCUGCGCCUUUCCCUCAUGGCCUCAACGAUCCUCACUGAUGGACUCGGCUCGGGAGGAGCGCGUCUCAUCCUACAUCACUGACGACGAACUCUUCGAGGAGUUUUCCCUCAGUGACGACUCCCACAGCAUUUCCAGUGGAAGCAGCACAGCUUCCGCCUCGCCGUUUAUCAGUGAAGAAGAGCUCCUAGAACUCCAGCGCCAGAAGAUGGCCGCGCAGCGCGAGGCCAUCAAGCACCUUCUCAACGAGAAGGAGCGCCGCCGCCAGCAGUACAAGAAGACGCGCAAAAACAGCGGCAGCUCCAAGAAGGGCACCAGCCCGAAAAAGCAGGAUCAGAUGGCGCCCAUUACCGAGGCCGGUGAAUGAGAGGUGGCAAAGCAUUACUAACGACGAUAUGACAGCAUGACUGUAA